UUGAAUAUUGCGAUUCUAUUUUAUCGAAUGUACGAAUUGAAUUCCACGUUCAAUUUGAAGAACUAUUUAGGAAAUUCGAAGUUUAUCAAUUUCAUUUUAAACUCGCAUUAAAGAAAAAUGAAGCUUUCAAAGUAUUUUAUGAUAUGUUUAUUUUGCUCUAUUGGCCAAUUUGAAGGAUUCUUCAUUUCUGUGAAUGCCUCCGAGUAUUUUAUAGAUCAUAGCAGUUUACAACUUAAUUUUUCUAAACAAGAAGAAAAGAGUAUUUUAGGGCACAUUAAUCUAUUAAGAGAAACUAUUGAACCAGGUUCUUCUAAUAUGAAUAAAUUAGUGUGGAGUGACGACUUGGCAAAAAUAGCUAAGGAUUGGGGCGAUAAAUGUAUAUUUGAAUCCGGCCCUAAAAGUUGCCUUAAACAUUUCAGCCAGAAUAUAUAUUAUGGAAGUAAAGUCUAUCAAGAUGCAUUAAUGCAGUGGUACAGAGAGAAGGAUUUAUAUGACUACGAUACAAAUGUUUGUAAUGGAUCCUGUGAUAGAUACAAAACGCUACUAUGGGCUGAAACUACUACAGUUGGUUGUUCCCUAUCCGAGUGUAAAAAAAAUGGUUCUGUGCAUGUCAUUAUUUGUAAUUUUUAUCCAGCAAUAGAGGAUUUAAGUCAAAGGCCGUACAAGAAAGGCAAUUCAUGUGAAGAAUGCGAGAAUAAGGAUAAAUGUGAUUUUAAUUUAUGUGUGCCAAAAAAUUUCGAAGUAUCGAAAGAAACUGCUUUAUGUGCACAAAAAGGAAACGUUGCCCACAGAAUUUCAUCUGAAUUUUUUCUGUUGUUAAUUAUUGGAGUAUUACAAAAUUAUUUCAUCGCUGGAACUUCUUAAAGUUCAAAAUUUGUUUAUAUAUUUCAAAGUGUUUUAUAUGAUUUAGUUUCAAAAU